CCUUCCGUAGCCAUUUUGGUUCAAGCAGCAACAGUGCUGGCCCAGGCAGACUGAGAGCACCAGGCCCGGUGCAGUGCCAGCGGGGUGUCACCCGAAGCCCGAAACGAUGUUGUUGAUGCAGAUCCCGAUCCAGAUCGGCGGCGUCCCCGCCGCCCCGGCGCCGCAGCGGGGCGCCGCCCCCGCGGAUUUUCGGAGCCUCUGCGAGGACCGCGCCCUCGGCGCCGCGCCGCCGCCGCUGUCGGCAGUGGCCUGCAGGGCCUCGAGGGGCUCGAAGAACCACUUCAAGGGCCAGUGCCGCCCGUGCCGCUUCCACUUGGCCCCCGAAGAGUGCCCCCGCGGAGAGGCCUGCAACUUCUGCCACUUCCCCCACGGCGCGGAGAAGCUCGCCCAAAUGGAUGCCUUCAGCAGCAGGGCCAAGGGGCGCAGGCCGCGCACGGGCGCGGAGCCGAGGCAGGCCCCGCCUGGCCUGCGGCUCUCCCUGUGCGACCACCUGGACCUGGUGGGCUCCUGGAGCGGCCGGCAGCAGCCCGCCAGCAGCAGCGGCAGCAUCUGCUCCUGGAGCGGGAGCGAGCUCGCCGAGGCGCCUGCUCGCGGAGCCGCGUGGCAGGGAGAUCCUCCUGGGCGCGCAGCCCGCGCACUACGACGACUGAGCGGGGGUUUGGCGGGGGCUGCCAGCGAGGACGAGGUCCGACGGCAUGGGGGAGGGGAGGGAGGGGAUGACGAUCCUUGUGACUUCCGGGGGCGGCCGACCAUUCUCGUAUCUGGAGAGUGCGCACGACCUCCAGAAGAAGAGUAGCCCAUCCGAUGGAUCUGAAGAAGGGAUCGUCGCGAUUCGAGGUGAGAGUCUAGACACCCUCGCCGCUAACACCUGAGAUGAGCCUUGGACGGCGACUGCUGCUGGUCGCCGCCACAUGGGCAGCCUCGCUCAGCAAUUUACAUGCGGCUCAGAACAAAGAGCUGGCCUGCAUUGCAUCCGUACCGCUCAUCAAGGCGUGACCCUGUGCCUUCGUUAUCACAAUUUGCACGGCGCCUCCCUCGCGAUUCUCGACCUUCCUUCCUCUACCUCACCAGUGGCGCUGAGUGAGACGGCUGCAAUACUUCCAAUCGCGGCACGCCCACAGCCGCUCCCCGUCAGAGCUCUGCACGGUCAGACGCGGAAUGGAGGUGCGCGCAGAGAUGCGGACUUUGCGAAGACGAUUCCCCCUGGUCCUGGCCCCCGCAAGGGGGAGGGGUCCUGUAUGGGGCGCAAGUAUGGGGUGUCGUUUGGUGGAGGAGGGGUGGCGUGGGUGAUGUUUGAUGCGAUUGCCCGGAAUGAGAGGACGCUCUGCGUGGCCACACAUCGGGGGCCUCGAGACGGGGGUCAAUGCAAACGGGGGUCAGCCAGGGCACCGGAUCCUGCAGGAUCCUGCGGAGGCCCCCUCUGGCUGACCCGGGUUAGGGAGCCGCUCGUGGCCGCGAGGCGGCCGCGCCUGUUGGCUGACCUGGGUCUGCGAAGACCUGCGUUGCAGUUUUUUUUUUCCCCUGCAUUGCAGUUUUUGGUUUCCUGCUGACCCGGGUCUGGAUUGACCCGGGUCAGAAGAUCCCCGAACACAGAAUCCCAUUGCUUGCUUGUUUUUGAAGACCGUUUGUUGGUUAGCGGGCCGAUUCUCAGAGCGGGCUGGGCCCCUUGAGGAGAAGCAGCAGCAGCAGCAGCGGCAGCACCAUCAGCCACAGGAGGA